AUGGCAGAAAAGCGUGACAUCAGCGGAGCUAGGUCUUACAGCUCGUCUCACUCACGUCUUGCGCCAAUAGCAUCGCACGCUCGUUCACGGUCUAACAAAAGUCUAAGCCGUGUCUUCUCCGGCUAUCACAUCGAUGAUCAGUCCCUCUAUCAUAAGGAAACACGUUCGAGAUCUCUAGACAGCGAUGAUGAUGACGCUUCUUCGGAUGGUGAUGUAGAUAUUACGGUGGACUCCAACGGCAUCCCUCCUGCCGAGAAGGAUGUCGAAGCGGGUAAUUUACAGAAGAGAUCCACUUCUAGGUCAAAAGAGGAUCCUAAUAUAAUAGGAGGAGGUGUGCUUAGUGACUGCUGGCGAGCCGAUGAGCGGGGCCGUUCGAUUGCCAUUUAUAGCCUUGCACCACUGCUUGGUCCUGCAAUAGGCCCUUUAUGUGGAAGCUUCAUUACCGAAAACGCAAGCUGGCGCUGGUCUUUCUAUGCCACUUCAAUUGCUGACGCUUUCGUGCAACUUUUUGGACUAUUCUUUUUGCGGGAAACCUAUGCCCCAACGCUACUGCAUAGGAAGGCCGAAACGCUCCGAAAAGAAACUGACAACGUAGCUCUCAAGACGGAGUUCGAGCAUCCUGAACAUACCUUUGCUAGUAAGCUGAGACAAAAUCUCGUCCGCCCAUUUAAAAUGUUGGCAACACAGCCUAUCAUUCAGGUCUUGACGGUCUAUAUGAGUUUUUUGUAUGGACUAAUGUAUCUCGUUCUCUCUACCUUUCCACUUCUUUGGACUGGCCGCUAUCACGAGGAGCUUGGAGUUGCUGGUCUCAACUAUAUCUCUAUUGGCGUGGGAUUUACGCUCGGGACUCAAGUUGCUUCUCCACUGAAUGAUCGCGUCUAUCGACUAUAUCGGAGGCGUAACAAUGGCGAGGGCCAGCCUGAAUUCCGCAUUCCGUUGAUGAAUGUUGGCAGCUGUCUGGUUCCUAUUGGACUUUUCAUAUAUGCUUGGACGUCUCAGAGUCACACUCAUUGGAUAGGGCCCAAUAUCGGUGCGGCGAUUUUCUCAUUGGGUAUGAUUAUCUGCUAUCAAUGCAUUCAGACCUACCUCGUAGACGCUUACACUCGCUAUGCUGCUUCGGCACUAGCUGCUACCACCGUCUUGCGGUCACUGGCUGGCUUUGGCUUUCCCUUAUUCGCGCCUUACAUGUAUAACGCAUUGAAUUUUGGGUGGGGUAAUAGUCUGUUGGGAUUCGUUGGAGUUGGACUGGGGAUACCAGCACCAAUACUACUCUGGAUAUAUGGGAGAAAGCUGAGGGAGAAGAGUAGAUACGCAGCUGGUGGCUGA